AUGUUUAAUGGGUCAAUUUUCGUCACUUUCACCCUCACCCUCACCCUCCUCUUGUUUUUUCUUCCUGCGGGGAUUCACGGCACGACCAUCGAGCUACUGCACCGGCACAACGAGCAGUUCACCAGCGGCCAGCUGGAUCGGGUGGAGGCCUUCAAAGGGUUCGUGUUGAGGGACAACAUGCGACGGCAGCAGAUCAACCAAAGGCUGGGAAUUCAAUUGAGCUACGACAAACGGAGGAGGGACACAGAAAUGGAACCGUCUGAGGUGGAAAUGCCGAUGCUCACCGGGCGCGACCUCGGCAUCGGAGAGUACUUCGUUCAGGUUAAGGUCGGAACGCCGGGGCAGCAGUUCUGGCUGGCCGCCGACACCGGCAGCGAGUUCACGUGGUUCAACAGUGUGAUGCGGGAGAAGCACCGGCCCCAACAUAAGAGGCAGAAGAAGAAGCGUCUGCGUCGUGCGAAGAAGCACCACCUUAAAGGGUCGAAGAACCACACGAGAACGAAGAAGAAAAAGAGUCACAAGAAGAGAAGUGAGAAAAGCGAUCUCUGCGAUGGGGUGUUCUGUCCGCACAAGUCUCGCACCUUUCACACUAUAACAUGUGCUUCCAGAAAGUGCAAGGUUGACCUCAGUGAUCUUUUCUCCUUGACCCGUUGCCCCAAGCCUUCUGAUCCUUGCUUAUACGAUAUCGGAUGGGAGGAAUGGGGCAACGGUGUUGGCAAUGAACAGGACGAGAUGAAAGUGGCUAGUUUUCAGGAUGGUGGAUUAAACUAUGCCGAUGGAUCAUCUGCAACCGGGUUCUUUGGCACUGACACGAUCUCAGUAGACCUCUUAAAUGGGAAAAAUGGAAAACUGGAUAAUAUCACAAUUGGGUGCACAACAACGAUGCUGGAUGGGGUAAACUUCAACGAGGAGACUGGUGGCAUAUUGGGGCUAGGCUAUGCCAAGGACUCAUUCAUUGAUAUAGCUGGCAGGAAAUAUGGUUCCCAGUUCUCCUACUGUCUAGUUGACCAUUUGAGCCACAGAAACGUCCCAAGUUAUCUAACUCUUGGUGGCCACCUCAAAGCCAAAUUGCUGACAGAAAUCAAAAGAACCGAACUCAUUUUGUUUCCUCCAUUCUAUGGUGUGACCGUAGUAGGCAUAUCAAUUGGGAACGAAAUGCUGAAAAUCCCACCUGAGGUUUGGGAUUUUAAUACUGAAGGCGGCACCAUAAUUGACUCAGGCACAACCCUGACUGCCCUACUUUACCCAGCCUAUGAGCCAGUUUAUGAGGCUUUGACCAAACCCCUAGCCUCAGUGAAGAGGGUGACAGAGGAAGAUUUUGGAGCUUUGGACUUUUGCUUUGAAGAUGAGGGGUUUGAUGACAUUGUAAUGCCAAGAUUAGUGUUCCAUUUUGAAGGGGGAGCAAGGUUUGAGCCACCAGUGAAGAGCUACAUCAUUGAUGUGGCACCCCAAGUGAAGUGCAUCGGAAUUGUGCCGAUAGUUGGCGAUUCUGGUCUCUCAGUUAUAGGCAAUAUUAUGCAACAAGACCAUCUAUGGGAGUUUGACUUUGCAAGAAACACUGUGGGGUUUGCUCCUUCUAUGUGCAACUAG